CCAGGUUUGCUUAGGGCGUGGAGGCUGCUGCGGAUAAAGGCAGGACCCAGGCUAAGCAGGCCCGCUCUCUCCCGGAACCUGAACCUCCGCGCAGCCUGGGGAGCACGCAGCCCAGCGGAGUUUCAAGGCCAGGCUUUCUGCCCUGGGAUCCCUCCAGGCCAGCUCUCCGACAUGCAAGAGGUGGCCCUGAGCCUGCUCGUCCUCCUGGCAGGCCUGCCUGCCUUGGAUGCCAACGACCCAGAAGAUAAAAACAGUCCUUUCUACUAUGACUGGUUCAGCCUCCGUGUCGGCGGGCUCAUCUUCGCAGCGGUCCUGUGCGCCAUUGGCAUCAUCGUCCUCAUGAGUGGGAAAUGCAAAUGCAAGUUCAGCCGGAAGCCCCGUCACUAUCCAGGCGAUGCCCCACCUCUCAUCACUUCAGGCUCUGUCCAUAACUGUUGAGGAUGGAUCAGCGGAAAGAGCACCGAGGGCCACUCUUUCCCCAAGUCCUGGCUCUGCACAGGAUCCUAAACUCCAGGAUGGAAUUCUCAGACCACCUGGCCAGGGCUCCAUCUCAUCUCUCACUGGAGGGGGUCUUUGUUCAAUUUUCACUCUUAAAUGAUCUUGCCUUAUGCCCAA